AUGGUGAUCCGUGCUUCCAAGGAUCUCGAGUACAUCCUGGAGGCCUACCUGGGUGCACAGGGGAAGGGCUUGCACGAAAAGUGUACGUCGGUGCAGCGCUUUAUACCUCAGCCGCUCCAGAAGAAGAUCCGCUACCUGGCCACCAUCCGCAACAAGCUGGUGCACGAGCGAGACUUCCACCACAUCCCGGACCGGCCCCGCUUUGUGGAGAGCUACCAGAUUGCAGAGCGCGACCUGCGGGCCGUGGUGGCCAAGCACGGCCGCAAGCCGGCGGGCCAGAAGGACGACGUCUGCCGCAUGAUGUGA